AUGGCUGAAUCUUUGGGCUUGCAUAAAAUUGACAAGGCCAUUGUUGCUUCACCUACUGACCAGCAGCACCACAACGACAUGCAAAGCGAGAUGGUUCAGAAGGAGGUUGGAAAAAGGGUGUGGUGCCAAAUGGUAGUGCAAGACCAUUUCGCCAUCCCCUUCACCGACUCGUACGGCAUCAAGCCUGCUCAAUACUUGACCGAGCUACCCAUGAAUGCGGAUGAUGACCAUCUUGUGGCAUUACCAGACUCGGUCCCGAGCAUCAGCACGUACACUAGAGUUCUUGCCACCAUCGCCCGACUGAUGCCAGAACUGGCCGAUGGGCUAGGACCACUGACCAAUCGCAAACCGGUCCAUGAGCAAUAUAAGCAUGUCCUGCACAUGGAUCAGAAGAUGCGUCAGCUCGUACAUAACAUUCCGACGUUUCUUUUAAGAAAGGAUCAAGAACAGGAAGGCUGGUUGCCCUGGCUUGGGAUCGCACGACAGAGCUUAGCAAUUACUGCGGCAGAAAAGAUCAUUAUGAUUCACCGGCCCUUCAUCUUCCGAUCAUUCCAGUCGUCUGUCUUCGCCCACACUCGACGGACAUGUGUGUCGGCGGCAUUGACGAUCUUGCGAGAACACGAAAACAUUGUACAAGCAGGCGAGCUCUCUUUGUGGACCCACACUGCCUUUUGUAUCACGGCCGCGGUGAUCCUAUGCUUUGAGAUCAAGAACACUUCAAGUUCUCCAAAUGACCGUUCUAGUCCAGCCACAAUAGCAGGGCAAGUUCGUAUUGAGGGUAGUGAUGCACAAACGCUGUCGAGUCAUUACCGAGACCGGAUCCAAGCCGCUCGCAAUCGCCUAGCCGAUCGAAAGCAUGACAUUCUCGCGCGACGGGGGAUCCUACUCAUCAAAGCCAUCCUCCCUGAGAUUGAUGACGACCACCACCACCACGACGGGGUAGAUUUCUCAUCGGAACAGUGGUCUUCUCCAGCCCACCAAACAGACAACAAAAACAAUAAGGUCAACUUCAAAGACAUUGUAUCCCGAUUCGUCACUGAGUACUCUUCUUCAUCGCCAGGCCUAGAGCUGGAGGGGGCCAAUCCACCGCCGCAGCAGCGACACAGGAACGAGGACAGGAACAGGGAUGUGCCGAUUCUGGUCCCUGAAGAGCAGCAACCAAUGGAGCCCUUUGGAUCCGAAGAUCUCGCGGGCAUGUUUACGGAUGAUGACUUUGAAGCCUGGUUCACUGAGGUGUUUGUCAGCAGUACGACGCCGUUGGAUUUAAAUACGUCUAAUAUAUAA